CCAUCGCUAGUCGCAGUUGUCUGUUGGUGCGCCAUCGACAUAGCCGCUAUAUUAUUUGCUGUCCUUGGCUGGGUGGGUAAUUACGACAAACACGGUGCGGAAAAAUACAAGUUCUUCAAUACUUUCUACUAUGAUAAGAAGUCGAGUAAUACAUUUACAGAAUGCAUGGAAACACUUCUGGAGAAGAUGCAUUCGAUUUAUCUGAGGAAAUGGACGCAUUUUGUUCGGAAAAAUGUGGCUGGGUUGACUGAAACCGAAGAAGAAGAAAUGAAGGAACAGGCAAUAGAUGAAGUUGCAUCAACUAUUGCCGAUUACAUGUCGGAUCUGGACCUGACGAAAUCCGACAUUUUCAUGGGCCUUCUGCUUCUAAGAUGGCAGUCACAGCAGUGGAUCGGGCAAGUUUCAGCCUUAAAUGCUCAAUACGUUCUGGAAAACACUGAUCCUAUAACCACUGAUGUGGCCGCUGAGGUAUUUCAUGGAAAAAUAUUUUUUUGA